GUGCUUUGCAGAGCAGAAUGGACGCACUGGUUGUGAUGCUACGGUUAAAGACUUGAUAGACAGCAAGUUAUCCUCCUGAUUCAAUUUGUACCUUGUAGGCUCGAAAUGGGAAAAGGCUGUAAAGUUGUGGUGUGUGGCCAGGCAGCAGUUGGAAAAACUGCCAUACUGGAACAGCUGCUGUACGGAAACCACUCUGUAGGUUCCGAAUCCAGUGAGACCCAGGAGGAUGUGUACGUGGCCUCAGUGGAAACCGACCGCGGUGUGAAGGAACAGCUGAGGCUUUAUGACACCAAAGGCCUCCACGACGGGCAGGACCUCCCCAAACACUACUACUCGGUGGCGGACGGCUUCGUGCUCGUCUACAGCGUCGACAGCUCGGAGUCUUUCAAGAAGGUGGACGUUCUGAAGAAGGAAAUAGACAAGUCCAGAGAUAAAAAAGAGGUGACGGUCAUCGUUCUGGGGAAUAAGACGGACCUGCGGGAGCGUCGUCAGGUGGACCAGGAGGCGGCGCAGCAGUGGGCGCGAGGCGAGAAGGUGAAGCUGUGGGAGGUGAGCGUCACCGAACGCAACUCCCUCAUCGAGCCCUUCACGCAGCUGACCAGCCGCCUCACGCAGCCUCAGAGCAAGUCGGCCUUCCCUCUGCCCGGACGCAAAAGCAAAGGCACCCCGUCCAAUGACAUCUGAACCUCUGAAGACCCCCCCCCCGCUCCUUUUUAGUGGGCUGCAUUCACCUCAUGUGGGAAUAACGAGCAGGACAGGCCUUUAGUUCAGCAAUGACUUUGGUUGCUUCUUUGUAACACACAUUCUUCUAGUUAUACACACCUUAAACAUCAUUUAAGGGGUUAUGUUAAACAUUUUGGGAAAUAUGCUUAUUUGCUUUUUCCCCCCCCUGAGAAUUGUAUGAGAAGAUUGAUGUGAAACGUAUUGAGGAUUGGUGUUGUUUUCUGCUCAGGCAUGAUGGGACCAAACCUGGCAACCUCACGUCGAUGAGAAAUCAAAAUGAGAGGGAGUAACGGGGUGUGACUAUUUCCUGGCAAAACCAACCGGGUGCAGUGACUGUCUGCAGCUUCAGUGAAGUUGUCAGGCUUUAGUACCAUCCUGUGUUUGCAGUUAAUCAUUCAGUUUCUUUGUCUUUAUGAAAGCUAGCUAUGCUAACCACAUUCUGACUCCAGCACUUAACACACUGACAUGAUCUUGAUAUCUGAUCUUCUCAUUUCUCUCAUAGAAAGAAAGCAAAUGAGCACAUUUCCCAAUGAGUUUAAGAAUCCAAUGGUACAUGUUGUCUUCUGUGCAAUGUUAGUCAGUUUCUAUAAUUUAAGAUACAAAAAAAACAUCUCAAAAACUUAGCAGUUCAGUACCAAAGAUUUAACACAGAUCAUGUGGAUUUAUUUUUAAAAUGUGAUUCUGGAAUAACACUAUGUUCACUCUCCUUUUCAACUGAAAUGUGUUUAACAUUCUAACUUAAAGGAUGAAUUUAGAUUUGCUCAGUCUAUCUUCAGUAAAUGUAUUACAUUGAAAGAGUCAUUGGUGGCUGUAAUCAUCCCUCUCUGCUUGACGGGAUGUUCAGACGGGACUCGUAUCUCUCGCUUUAUGUCCCAUCUGAUGCGAGUGCAGCUUGAGUCCUGGUCUUCAGCUAGCCUUCGUCCAGUCUCUCAUAUAUCCAGUAUGGCUUGGCAGCAAUAAUAUCCAUGGUGCUGCCUUUACUCGUGAUGUGAAAGUUAAUGUCUGUCUGGCGUCUGUUGCACUCCUGUGUCGUCGAGCCUGUAUAAUCCAAUCGGGCUGCUAGUGUGAGUCUUAACUGUAGAAAUGUCUUGAGAGGAAAUAUUUAUUUUAUAACUAAUUUAUUUUUGUCACUUUAAUGAGCCACAUUCCUUGACUUCUGAAAAACGGUUAAACAAUGUGAAGGAUGUCCUGCGCUGUUUCCUGUGUCCUUAAUGUCUCAAAGUAAUAACAUUGAAUGUGCUGCUAGUAGGACAGAGUUCGUGGGACUGUAGUCAUGCAAACCCAAAAAAUAUUCUCUGCUCUGUAACUCUCGUCCUAAGAUGCACUGAAUAAAAACGUAGCCUCUUCAUA